UGUGGACCUGGUUCCUGACAGCAUUAAAGCCUGAAAAACCCACUGAGGGCUCCGGACUCUCCUUAUCCAUGUGCCAGAAUCCAGAGUGAACUUGCUGGGCCCCCCAAGGAGCCACAUUCUGGAUGAGAAUGCGGCCUACUGAUGGUCUUGGCGUCAGCCUGAGGGGAAAACCCCUUUGCAUCAAGCCAGACGUCUGACCACGGGUCUCUGACCUUCAAACUUUCCAGGAAGAUGUGAAGCGCCUGCUCUUAAACUCAGUGGACACAGGUGACGCCCCCCAACCCUCUGAAGGACUGGCCAGCUCGUCCACUGCUGGGGAAGGUGCGGGGGAUAGCAGCACUGUGUGAUCGCUCCAGAGAAAUCCUGGCGUCCACAUCUUCCUGCAGUGUCUGGCUUCUCUUGCCAGCUGAAGGCAAGUGCCUGAAAGAACCCUGGACCCACUGGGGCCUCCUCUUAGCAGGCCCUGCCGGGAGCAUCCAGCACUUCUCUAGAACACGCGCAACCCAAAGUUGUUUUUUCCAACUUUGGGCCUCACCUCAGAACCCGCCCUUGUGAAAUUUAAUUUUGAUUUAGAAAUAACCUCAGCUUUACAGAGAAGUGGCAGACAUUGCUGCUCCUGGUUCUCUGGCUUUGGACUCAGACUGGGAGUUAGUACACCAUCAGCGUCCCUGCCUCGCAGGCCUGUGGAUUCAGACCGAGUCAUACCACCAUCUUUCCUGGUUCUCCGGUUUGCAGAUGACAGUUCGUAGUUCCUUGCAAUUCUGAGGCACAAAAGUAGGUGAGACUGCUUUUGUAUCUGCGAAGUGCUUCACUCCUGAAUGUAAUUCUAGCUGAGUGCAAUCUAGGUUAAGAGCCGGACAAGCGGGUAAUUAGAGCCCGCUCGCUGCCCGAGGACCGGCCGCCCAGCCGGAGCGCGCCCGGAGUCGGCGCCCUUCACCUGGCCGAUCCGAGCUGCGGCUGGACACGGAGCGCCCGAGAUGAUGGUGCUGGACAAGGAGGACGGUGUGCCGAUGCUCUCCGUCCAGCCCAAAGGCAAGCAAAAGGGCUGUGCGGGCUGCAACCGCAAGAUCAAGGACCGUUACCUGCUGAAGGCGCUGGACAAGUACUGGCACGAGGACUGCCUCAAGUGUGCCUGCUGCGACUGCCGCCUGGGCGAGGUGGGCUCCACCCUGUACACCAAGGCCAACCUCAUCCUGUGCCGGCGCGACUACCUGAGGCUCUUUGGCACCACAGGAAACUGUGCCGCCUGCAGCAAGCUGAUCCCGGCCUUCGAGAUGGUGAUGCGGGCCCGGGACAAUGUGUACCACCUCGACUGCUUUGCCUGCCAGCUGUGCAACCAGAGAUUUUGUGUGGGAGACAAAUUCUUCCUGAAGAACAACAUGAUCUUGUGUCAGAUGGACUAUGAGGAGGGGCAGCUCAAUGGCACCUUUGAAUCCCAAGUUCAGUAACGCCCGCCUGGCGCCUGGCCUCCAGGCUCAUCUGUCCAUCUGUCCGUCUGCCCGCCGCCCACUCGCCCAGCUGGCCAGCCACUCUCCUGCUGCGUCAGAACUCCUCCGUCCUCAAUGGGAGGGGCGGCCUUUCCUCGCCGCGCCUGUCUGUGUGUGACCCCUCCUGGGGCCGGGCUGGGCCUGUACAGUCUGUCUUCUGUAUAUAAAUGGGAACAUUUAUUUUAUGAGAAAUGUAAUGCGAUUUUAUUACUGGCGUGGAUUAAACUUAUGAAUGUUUCCGGGGAGGUUGCUCUGCGUUGAUCACAUGACU